GUCACCCGGCCCCGGCCGCGGGCCGCGGGCCGUGCCUUCUCUUCAACAGCACUCAUCCGGACUCCACUUCACGGUCAAUUUCCUCACGUAAGCCAAGCAAGGGACAGUGGGGUGAUCCUGAAGAAACCUGCAGCGCCAUAUAAUCCCAACCACACCGCCUCGUUUGGGUGUGCAGUUCUUCUUCCUCUCCUGAUUAGGUGAGAACAGAAGACACAGUGCUAGCGCUAUAGCGGCUAGAGGUGUAGCUAUAGCUUGUGGCAGCUAGCAUUGCCACAGAGAGAAAGAGAUGGGCAGCUUGGGAGAGGUGGAUCAUGGCAAGGAGAUGUUCCAUGGCCAUGGCCAUUCUGAUCCUGUCGUCGACGAGCUCAACCGUCUGCAGAAUCUCCUCAGAGAAAAGGAAAGGGAGUUAGGACAUGCAUACAGUGAAAUCAAAGGCCUGAAGGUGACGGAAGCUCUUAAGGACAAGGCUAUUGCUGAGCUGAGCAAGGAACUGAAGAAACAAGACGAGAAGAUGAGAAGUUUGGAGAAACAACUUGAGCAAAAGAAUUUAGAAGUCAAAAGACUAAACAAUGAGCGCAAAGAAGCAUUGUCCGCACAAUUCGCUGCAGAGGCAACACUUAGAAGGAUCCACUCUUCUCAAAAAGAUGAGGAAUCGGUUCCAUUCGAUGCCAUCAUAGCACCCUUGGAGUCAGACAUAAGAAAAUACAGACAUGAGAUUGCAGUGCUCCAAGAUGACAAGAAGGCACUAGAACGACAUCUAAAGUUGAAGGAGGUGGCGCUUGUUGAAGCAGGCAACAUUUUGCGUAGCGCGCUUGAGAGAGCACUAAUAGUAGAGGACGUUCAGAAUCAGAACAUUGAACUGAAGAAACAGAUGGAGAUAUACCAUGAAGAGAAUAAAUUAUUAGAGAAGGCUAACAGACAGAAGGUGCUAGAGGUCGAGAAGCUCACACAUACCAUCAAUGAACUUGAAGAAUCCAUUCUUGCAACUGGCGAGGUUGCCAAUGCAGUGCACUUCUAUCAGAAUCAAGCUACCAUGUUGAAUGAGGAAAAGAGGACCCUUGAGAGGGAGCUAGCUCGAGCCAAGGUUUAUGUCAAUCGUGUCGCGUCAACAACAGCAAAUGAAUGGAAAAACGACUCUGAGAAGCUGAUGCCAGUCAAGCGAUGGCUAGAAGAACGGAGGCACCUACAGGGAGAGAUACAACGACUGCGUGACAAGAUAACAAUAGCGGAGAAGUCUUCAAAGAUCGAAGCCCAACUUAAUGACAAACUCAAAAGGAGGCUUAAGUCACUUGAAGAUGACAUGAGAAAUGAAACAUCCAACUCAUCUACAAAGGAAAUCAACAAACAAGCCACUCCUAGAAGAUCAACGUCUCAACCAAAGCAACACAAAACAAUGAGAGUGUUGCCUCAACCAUAUUCACAUGAAGCCAUUGAUAGGAGAAGACCUAUAUCUCAACCAAGGGCAUCAGUGGCAGGGAAAGUAUUGAAGCAACCUAAUUCAGAAACCAAACCAAUAGAGAAAAUUAGAGUUGUGAAGCGAUUUGAUAGCCCUAGAGCGAGAACGGUUUCUAGUAAAGGUGAGUGUCUCGUGAAAAAUCAACUAUGGGCAUCAAAAGGCAAAAUGGAUGUUGUUGCUGGGAAAGAGAACAAAGUACAAAACCCAAAUUCUAAGACAUGUUUGAUUGUUUCACAUCCUCAAGGGCAUAUAGAGACAAAAGUGUUUGACGGAAAUGAUGAAUAUGGAAUUCAAAGCAGCGAACAUCAUGAAGACGUGGAGAAUGAGAGAAAUGGGGAUAGCUCCAGUGAUGAAAGUAGCCCUUAGAACAACACAAGUUGGGGUGUUUGGGUUUUACUUUUGCAUGAGGACACAUAAGUGGAGGGCAAAUAACAUUAUUAUGUACAGAUACAACAUGACUUGUUUGAAAGGGAGUGUGCGCCCAUCGACAACUACUUUAUUAUGUUUUGGGUGAUUGCUUGAACAACAACACUAGUUGCGGUGUCAUCAUCUUGUCUUGUUUAUUAUCUGUUCUCUCGUGUACAUAUAAGCUAUACCUCAAAGUUUAUAAAUGUAAUUUUGCGUGACUAUUGAAAGCAAAGAAAUCAUUUUGUGCUCUUUUGAGGAAUUGGUUAUUUUGUUAAAUAAAAGGUGUUGUUAAUGUAAUGGAAGAAGGAAAAGAAGUGAAGGUUGUGAA